UCUUUCAGUUGCAUCUCUCUCUUAAACGGUGAUGUUGGAUGAUAGCAAGAAAGAGUAUUUGAGGCACUCUGGAUUGAACUUGCUGUAUAUAGUUUUAUGGUAUUUGUUCGCAUUCAGUCUAUCUUUAUAUAAUAAAUGGAUUUUCUCGAGUAGCUUCCCAUUCCCGCUAUUCAUGACAAGCUGGCACAUGUUAAUGCAAUGGUUACUCAGUUGGAUGCUACUGUCUAUCGUACCAUCGCUUAGAACUACGACUAAUCUAUCUACAAUUGAAUAUGUUAAGAAAAUAGUGCCAUGUUCAUUAUCAACUGCGUUAGAUAUCGGUUUAAGCAAUCUAUCGUUGAAGACAAUAACAUUAACAUUCUAUACAAUGUGCAAAUCAUCUUCACUCAUUUGGGUUUUAUUGUUCGCGUUCAUUUUCAGGUUAGAGAAGCCUUCUUUCUCGAUAGCCGGUAUCAUCCUCGUCAUAGCCGUUGGUGUUAUCAUGAUGGUCAGUGCAGAAACUAACUUUGUAUUGUCUGGCGCUAUACAAGUAUUACUAGCAACUGCUGCAGGGGGUCUCAGGUGGUCACUUACACAAAUACUCCUCAAGAAUAGUCAAAAUGGCUUGAACAAUCCUGUCAUUAUACUCUACUACCUUGCGCCAGUUAUGUUUGCUUGUCUCAUAAUACUCAGUUUGAUAUUUGAAAGUUGGUCUGAUAUCGCCCAGUCGGAUUAUUUUAUACAUGGAACACUCAGUACAAUAAAGUCAAUAGUAAUGAUCGUAUCACCCGGAUUUUUGGCUUUUGGAAUGGUUUUAUCAGAGUUUAAACUUAUUGCAAGAUCAUCAAUUAUUACAAUGUCAAUUGCAGGUAUAUUUAAGGAACUACUUACAAUAUUCCUCAGUAGUGUAAUAUUUGGUGACAUCUUAACACCAAUAAACAUUACAGGUAUGGCUAUAACUAUUAUAGGUAUAUUGAUUUACAACUAUCUUAAAUAUUAUCAAACAAUGAAUGCAAAAAGUUACGAACAAGUCCAAACAAAUGAGCCAAUAUUCGAUUUAGAAGAUAUAAAUGUUAGCAAUCCAACUGAAAACACUAGUAUACCCCAAGAAAGUAUAUCAAAUAGUACCAAAAUCACUUUGUAAAAAUUCAAAUUCACUUAGAUCCUUACACUCAUCAUCUAUUUCAUUAGAUGUCCACCAUAAUUUACUCUCUGAACCAUAUGAAAUGAACAUCUCCUCAUCUUUAUUUAUAAAUCGCGUAGUUUUAAACUCUAUUGUGAGAUUUUUGGUAUUUAUACUAAACGUAACAUUCGGUAUUCUAUUAUGAUUGAAAAUUGAUCCUAAACCCAAGGCUAAGCCCAUUCUCCCACUGCGAUCUGGCCAGAUGAAUGUAUACUCAUCCAAAGCAGUGUGCUUUCCAAAAUUUGCGUAUUCAUCUUUAUUAAAUAGCAAUACUGGUGAUAUUUCCACUAAUGUAUCCUUCUCUAUCGGUUCACCAGCGAAUACACCUCUACCUCUAUUAGAAGUAGAUAAUAUUCUCAUUUUAUGAACAUUUAAAUGUGGACUCUCUAUUUCUAUAUCUGUAUUGUAAUUGUAGCUAUCUUUCU